CGACGCAGCGUUCUCCGCGCGAGCAGGCGAGCAGGCGACCUAGAGUUUCGCUUCAUCGUCGCUAUCCUCGACCUUUGUCUAACGUGACAACGCACAACUCGACAAGUUCACAGAUCACAGUCGAUGAUAUCGAGCUUACUUCUACAGCGGGCUUCGAGCAAGGUACAAUGACCUGAUGCCCGGUCGAGCUUGCUGACAGACGCAUCAUCGCCAAAGGGUCAGACUAUCUUUCUCGUGUGCGGCUUCCGUAUCAUAUAUCCACCCGACUGUCUCUAGACCGGCGACCUCGACGAUCUCGCAUCGAUUAACGAUAUAUUCACGAUGGACCAUCAACAUCAUCAACACCACCAGCACAACUCACACAUUCACCUCGCCGACCUACCAGACCUCGAAUACGACCCGUCGACACUGUACCAACCCCUCUCUCAAACGGACGCUGAUCUCGGACAGAUCGAACAUGAUCACCAACAUGCAGGGAUCACCACCCUGGCAGAGUUUGCCGAUAUGGCCGGGAGCAUCGGUCGGCGCCUACAAUCCCGAUUGAGUGGAAACGAUAAUGGAAACGAGAUCGAGCUGGAUGAUAGGAGUCUGAUGGAUCGUUCGCUUGUCGGAGACGAGGCGAUCAUGGCGAUGGCCGCGGCAUCAGGAUCAGGAUCUGGGUCGUCUAGACGUCCACCGGACGAGUCUCUCCAGGAGGCGGCAGCUGCUGCUGCGACUACAGAGGCCACGACCGCCGCAGACGAGGAUGUCGCAGAUCAGGACGACAUCGAGGAACAUGUCGACGACGCAGAACAAGAGUUUUCUAUCCCCUCUCACCUAUCCACCACCCGUAUGAUCCUCGUCCCCGCCCACUUCGCUUCGGACCCGUACAUGGAGGAGUUCGAAGAGCACCUAGUUCCCAAUUAUCUCCAGGCGAGAGCUAGGGAGUUUGUGUUUCUGAAACAUGCAGAGAAGAAGAAUCCGGUCGCGAGCAAGAAGGGGAAGAAGGAGAAAGAGAUAGAUGAUGCAAGCGAAACCCAGCCGGAGAUCCCUGUAUACUCUGCCGAGACGAUCAAUUCUGCUUUCAACGCCCACCUAAACGCGUACCCAUACGACCCCAACCCAUUCCAAUCCCACUCUCAACCCCUUGCAUCGACCUCGAAUUCGGCUGCCAUGUCAACCUCGAACCCUCUUAUCGACCCCGGACUCUCAAUCGACCUCGACCAAAAUCCAUCCGAAACCCCCAACCCCAAACCUUUCAAACGUAAAUUCGGUGGCCCUCUGCAGUACGCGUGGAUAUCCGAGUACCGAUGUUGCUUCUCCGGGAAACAUCGGGAGAGGGACCAUGCGAGUAAAAGCGGGAGAAAGAGGAAGAGGGCGCCGAGCACGAAAGUAGGGUGCAAGGCCAAGUUCAUGUUGAGAAAGGUCAUCAAGACUGGGUUGAUCGAGGCGACUUAUCAGUGGCAACAUACGGGGCACGACCCGGCCGACCCAUCGGAACUCGAUCGGGCAAGGAAGAAGAAGAAUAACCCAGACCUCCGGGGUAUCGUCUGGGGUCAAGAGGUCGCGAGGAGUCAGGCUGAGAUCCAAGCAGAUCUCGCUGCGUUCGAGAGCAGGGAUGUCAAACGGCGACGAGGAACUGGAACUCGAGGGAACGGUAAGGGCAAGGGGAAGCAGCUGGAAAAGCUUGAUAUCGAUGGAACAGGGGCGGAGGACGAUCAAGCGCUCGUCGGAUCGGGAGGUGAAGGCGAGGAGCAGGCGACCCUUUACGGAACUAUGCAACAAGCCGCUAAUGCGGGAACAGGAAAAGAUGAGCCGAUGGUUACCGGUAACGAUCCUCUCAAUCGAGCUCUCCAGUUCAACCCGAACGCUCGAUUCGGAAUGAGUCAAUCCCUUUUGGCCCACCAACCGCCAUCACACCCGCACCCUCAAACACAACCGGAUUUCCAUGGUUUUGAGACCAGGUACGAACCCGUGAUUGCAGAGGGAUAUGGGCAUAGUCAGAACGGGUUUUCGAGGAAUUCUCAACAGACUUCGGAUUUGAGGACGACGGGGUCGAGGCAGGAGACUGAACAACAACAAAUGCAGCAGCACCAACAGAUGCAAUCGCGCUCUCAAUCUCACGGACAAGACCAAGAUCUCGCUCAGCAGGAAAACACGCUCGCUCUCAAUUCUCAAGUUGACCCCGAUCUUCUCUCGGCUGAUAACCAGGCGAUCAUGGCUACAGUCAUGGAGAGCAUGUCAAACGUACCUCUUCACGUAGAUGGGUCGAUGACAGGCGAAACCGAAAAUCUACACUCGCAAUCUCACGUUCGGCGCCCCGAAGUCUUGUUGGCCGAGUUUGAGAGGUCUUAUCAAGAUAUGGGCAAGCUUCUGGUCACCGCCCAGAAGGCCUUGGAGGACGUAAGACGAUCCGGCGGCAGGCCAGAGGAAGAAGAGACGAGUACGAUAGAGGAUAUCUGGAAGAGGUACGACGAGACGGUAGCCGAGUAUAAGCGGUUGGAGGACGAUAUGAAGCAGGGGGGACUGUUGCCCUCGGGGACGGGCGAGUGACGAUUUCCAGCGAGCAGAAAAAUGUAGUUCUGUCUGUAUAUCAUCCGAGUUGGAGAUUGCGUUGUCGUAUCCUGUGGUCCAUCGAUGAAUGUGACCCUAUUUGUCGCCUUAAAACUUGGUUGUACGCGUGAGAAAGCGUCGCCCUUGGACACCAGGAAGAUGGUUUCGGAAACGA